UUUUUUUUUUCUUAGUAACAUAAAAUCAUGAUGAAUUUCUUAGGAUUUAGUUUUGGUAAAAAAAGCAACAAGUCUUCAAAAAAGUCAGCAGGAUCAUCUUCCUCAUCAAUACAUAGUCAUCACGCCAACCACUCUACUUCUCAAUUGUCUGCUUCUUCAAAGUCUCUUUACUUGUGUAGCCCUUAUGUAAACAACAUGCUUGUCAAAGGAAACUUUAGAACAAUUGUAGAACUACCGAAAUAUGUAGAUAUAAAUGAAUGGCUUGCAUUCAACACAUUUGAGUUUUUUAACCAUAUCAAUUUGUUUUAUGGCUCAAUUACUAAUUUUUGUACGCCUCAAUCAUGCCCAACAAUGUCUGCUGGUUCAGGUGUUGAGUAUACAUGGUCAGACUCUACUUCUAAAAAAGUGAAAUUGUCUGCUCCCCAGUACAUUGACUACAUGACAAGCAGCAUAGAAAUCAUGCUGAAUGACGAAUCUUUGUUCCCUACAAAAUCAGGUCCUGACUUUCCACGGGAAUUACAUUCAGUGGUAAAGAAGAUGUUUGGGCAAAUGUUUAGAUUGUUUGCCCAUAUUUACCAUGAACAUUUUGAUAAAGUGCUGUGUCUUCAUGAAGAGCCUCAUUUUAACUCACUUUUUGCUCAUUUUAUCUCUUUUGCCAGGGAAUUUGAUCUGCUUGAAAAGCAAGAGAUACAGCCAUUAAAUGAACUCAUCAAUAUCAUGCUGAAAAAUAAAGUCAUUUGUUAACUAUAGAAAUAAAACAUACACUGAAAAAAGAAAGGG